AGGAAAAGACACAAACUCGGAGGCUGAAAGCAAACAGUUUGCUGUGCAUUAAAAAUCCCAUUCACGAGCGUUGACUGACAGUGCAUUUCAGAUGGACCGAAGGUAAGGAGUGACUUUGAGACAAAGAAAGCGAAGCGGGUGGGGGUUGAGGGGGCAGCAAGUUGAAACCUAAGCUCUCUGAACCCUGUUUUCCCUGCCUUCGGGCAUUCUGUGGCUGGUAAAAAUAUGUGCUGUAUAUUUGAAGUGUUAUAUCACGUGACAAAGGCAGGGUUUGUGAAUCAAAGUACACAACGAUUUCAAGAGGAGGGAAAAAGACAGAGGGAAAGAGAAAGAGGGUGUACGCUGGUGAGAAGACGACGACGACGAGAGAGACGGGAAAAGCAGAGAGGGAGGUGGAAUGCAACAGGCUGAGGUCUGUUGUCGCUGCGAGACGGACUUCUGACUGACAAACGCGACCACGGCGCUACGUUUCAAACUCCCUUCUACACUGACUCUCUGAGGCAUUCACAUCCAACAUCUGCGUUCGGACCUGAAAAGGACUUUCCUGCCCGCCUCCCUCCUCAGCGUCACCGCGGCCGGACAGAAGAGCAGCCAGCAGCUGAGUGGAGCUGAAUGGCACUACCCCGAUUCAAACUCACCAUACGUCCCUGACAAAGAAGCGAAAGAGGAAGACAAAGGAAAAAAAACCAACAACAAGAUGAAUAAGCAGCCACACUUUUUCACAAUGGCAACAAACAGAGAGCACCAAAUGCGUCACAUGACGGGAUUCUCUCGUGCCAUGUACCCCUUCACCUUUAACUCCAUGAGGGGUCACUCACCCUUUGACCUGCUGGCCAGCAGUCACCUGUUUGGACGUUUUGGAGCGGACCUUCCCAAAGAGAUGGCUGCGUUGUCGGUGGAGACGCAGAGCACCAGUUCAGAGGAGAUGGUGCCCAGCUCCCCUUCCCCUCCUCCUCCUCCGCGGGUCUACAAGCCGUGCUUUGUGUGCCAGGACAAGUCAUCUGGUUAUCACUACGGAGUGAGCUCCUGUGAGGGCUGCAAGGGAUUUUUCCGCCGGAGCAUCCAGAAGAACAUGGUGUACACCUGCCACCGAGACAAGAACUGUCAGAUUAACAAAGUGACCCGGAACCGCUGCCAAUACUGUCGUUUGCAGAAGUGCUUUGAGGUCGGCAUGUCCAAAGAAGCCGUGCGCAACGAUAGGAACAAGAAGAAGAAGGACGUGAAGGAGGAGGUGGUGCUGCCCGAGAACUACGAGCUCAGCGGAGAACUGGAGGAGCUUGUGAACAAAGUCAGCAAAGCUCACCAAGAGACAUUCCCGUCUCUGUGCCAGCUGGGAAAAUACACCACAAACUCCAGCGCUGACCACAGAGUGCAGCUGGACCUGGGCCUGUGGGAUAAGUUCAGUGAGCUUUCCACUAAGUGCAUUAUAAAGAUUGUGGAGUUUGCCAAGCGACUACCAGGCUUCACUACGCUCACCAUCGCUGACCAGAUCACCCUCCUCAAAUCUGCAUGCCUGGACAUCCUGAUGCUGAGGAUAUGCACCCGCUACACUCCAGAGCAGGACACAAUGACGUUCUCAGACGGCCUGACUCUCAACAGAACCCAGAUGCACAACGCCGGCUUUGGGCCGCUCACAGACCUGGUGUUUGCCUUCGCCGGUCAGCUCCUGCCUCUGGAGAUGGACGACACAGAGACGGGGCUCCUAAGUGCAAUCUGUCUCAUUUGUGGAGACCGCAUGGACUUGGAAGAGCCGGAGAAGGUCGACAAACUCCAGGAGCCGCUGCUGGAGGCUCUAAAGAUCUACACUCGCCGCAGACGCCCGAACAAACCUCACAUGUUCCCUCGCAUGCUGAUGAAAGUCACAGACCUGCGAGGAAUCAGCACCAAAGGUGCAGAGCGAGCCAUCACCCUCAAGACGGAGAUCCCGGGCCCCAUGCCGCCUCUGAUCAGGGAGAUGCUGGAGAACCCGGACGCCUUCGAGGACAGCAGCGACUCCAGCGACAGCGCCUCGGCCCCUCCACCGGCCAUCCAGGCCAUCAAGCAGGAGGAGAAGUCCACGUACGAGUCGGCCUUCGAAGAGGAGGAGGAGGAGGAAGAGGACGACUACUGGGACGAGGAGAGGGAGUGGGGGGCGGACAGCGACGGCGAGCCGUGGGGGGAGGCGGCACAGAAGAAGGCCGUGGCGGGAAAGACGCAGUGAGAGAGGAAGGCUGCUUCCUGUCUGAGAGACCGCUGAGCCGCACAGAGCAACACCUCCUCACAGAUUUAGGCUCGUUAAUGACAUUAUGAUAAACUGUACAUACUGACUUCAAGGAAACUGUUUUCAAUUCAGAAUAGGAAGCAACUAAACAAAGAGAAAAAGCACUACAUUUCAGUGGAUGAAUGAGGGCACCAUUAAAAUAUCGACGUGACUUUGCAAAAAUGUUUCUGAGUUCAACACGGAGCAGCAAGGAUUGCUGGGAGGAAGAAAAGGAGCUCCUCUUCUGUCUCUUAAGGGCUAUGCUCUGUAUAAAAUGGUUGAUUGCAGCAGCUGAGCUCUACAUGGUGUUCAUGUGCCACGAAUGUCUUCUCAGAGUUACUUCUCAGAGAUUAUGCAACUUAUUUUUUUCUGUGUACGUCCUUUUCCUGAGCAUGUUACCUUUACGUCUGUUUGCCUCUUCUUUUGUUUGGUAUAUUUUUUACUCUCAUUCGACUCGAUGCGUGUGAAGUUUGAACUUUAACCCUUUUCAUUUCUGCUUUAUUGGACAAGAGCAUUUAAAAGUGUGAUAGAGAGACAAGAGAGUCAUGAGCAGGACUCAAACUCAGAGAAAUCGCAAUAAGUUUUCAGUCUUGAAAUUAUUUGAGAGGAUGAUAGGAAAGCUGGUGUUUUAACUUUGGUGCCAAAUAGGAAAAAAUGCAAACAUAUCUCUCAUCCUUUUAAUAAAUCUAUAUUAAUAUUUCUGACCCCCCAUUAAAAUCUUUAAAUCUUCAGAGGGGUCAUCCUUCACUCUCAGGUUGAUUCUGUCUCACCUUUCUGUGUAACAGUUUCUGCAAAACUAAAAAUCCCAGUCACAUAAAGUCAAGAAAGAACUUGUGAUAUUGCAAGUAAAGAUAUUUAAACAGAUAUUAAAAUAAAUAUACUCAGGAGGGUGUGUGUGUGAGGGGGGCGAGUGCGUGUGUGUGAGGGGGGCGGGUGCGUGUGUGUGUGGGCGUGUGUGUGCCAUUUUCAACAAUUCAAGCUCGAAAGCGCAGAUGGGAUAAAGAAACAAAGAUUUUAAAAUAAUGCCAAAAAUAGUAGCUUUCCACAUUUACACAAAUUCCAUGUUUAAAGCUACAUUUAUAAACUAUUAAAAAUAAAUUUAAUAGAUGAAACUCUCAAAAAGAUGCAUUUUAAAUUGAAUAUGCAGUAUCAUCGGUUUACGCUGAACACACUGGAUGCAUGCAGAGCCGGUCCAAAGUUGUCCAAAGCGGGCUUUGAUCUGGAGAGCCAUCACUGACCCGCUUAAACUUAGGAUGUUUUAAAUCUAUAAAUUAAUAAACUAAUAAAGCUACUUUUUAAAUGUAAAGGGCUUUCGUUUUAAAUUUGAUGUCCAGAAGCCUUUAGAGAAAAUUUAAAAGCAGGUUGAUUGUUGAUAAAUAUGUCAUUUUGAAAUCAACUCAGAAUUGGGAAAGUCAACAGUUUUGGGUUGUUUAUCUAAAAUAUUUUAAAAGUCACAGAUAUAAAAUAUCUAUUAGUACUUCUGACAAUUUGUAUCUAAGUAAACCGGUAUCGUACACAAUGUUGUACAAACUAUCAUGUUACUUUAGUGUUUAAUGUAUAAAAUAGAGAAAAUGCAUUGUAUUAAUAGUAGUUAGCUGAUCCCACAGAUCAGAUUGUGACUGGAGCGUGUUCAACUUCGGGGUCAAAUCGUUCCAAAGUUUGACAUCAGAGACGAAUUAAAUGUCCCAUGAGUUUGCCUAUACCUUGGGCCGGCUCUGGUUACAAGUUAGAAAACAUUACUGAAGAAGUUAUUUAGACUUAAAAGCCUCAUCUCAAAGAUGAAUUAAUUGGAACGAUUGUUAAUUGAUCAAAAAUGAUCAUCCAGCAUCAGCAGUAAACGGGUGUCCUCCUGAAGCACCAGGUGAUAUUUUAGUGAGAUAAAAUAUUACAGUUCUUUGCUAACAGAAUAAAAACUGAUCAAAUGAAAGACUUGUGUUGAGUACCAAAAGGACUGAAGUCUUCCAUAUUAAAAACAAAGUAUUUAGAAUCAGAUUAAAAGCCAUCAAAAAGGCAAAACUAAAGUUGUCAGGAUUUUCACUAAGCUGUAUUUGUUCUUGUUGGAUCUAAACGUUUCUCACUCACUCACACGCCCACACACACCCACACCUACCCACACACACACACACACACGCACACACACCCCCACAUACCCACACACACACACACACACACAUUGUAACAUAGUAAUUGCAUAGCACCAGCCAAAAUUACACUUCUUAUGAUCUCUUCAGAUCAUAUAAUGCUUAUUAAUUUCAAAGUAAAUGCUUUGUUUCUGAUGUUAUUAAUUAUCUUGAAUUUGAGCCGGUGCAAUAAAUUAACCACAGAGGUUGUUGCCAAACUCUCAAGCCAGCAAUAUGAUAAGCAUAGAUAUGUAACAAUACAAGACCAAAGACAGAUAAGUCACUUUGUGUUGGGCAAGAUUUUACUUUUUGUUUUUUUAAAUAAUGAAGCUGGAUAAAUCUCAUCUCUCUAACAUUUUGUUGUUGCUGAUAAAUGUCUUUAAUAUUUUAUUCCAGGCAUGUUGUGUUCAGGGAGCGACAUUCAUCUUGUGUCUUCUUAUAUCUGAGAAACCAAAUUAGCUUUGAUGUCUCUGACUAUUGCACACAGCUACAAACAAAUUCAAAAACUGUGUUGAAAUGCUCCGGUUACAUUUCUACGAGAGGCUGAAACUAUGUUUGCUUUUUUUAUGCUUACUAUUAAAUGUUUUAUGUUUCUUGUA